AUGUGCGCGCAGCGAUUGCGUGCCCUGUAUCAGGAGUUGCGUGAACUCUUCCACGAUGAAGACCUCGAGUUGUCAUUUUCCGACGAGCCACAGGACGGUUUCUCUGAACGGCGCCACGUCGAGAACAUUAAUAAGGCGACGUAUGAUCCGGAUGCUGACGACUACGAAAUGGUCGUCGAGCCUGGUGAGCCAAAAGAUGAUGAUGCAGAAAAAAAGGUGAUCCAGCGGCAGAUCGCAAGCUUGACGACUCGCAUUUCUAAAGGAGGUGCGCCUGCAACUCUUGACCAUUAUCAAAAGGUCAAAGAAGACUUGAUCCUGCAGCUCACCAUGCGUGGGAUCUACCGCCACAAAACCAUGGACAUUCCUGAGGAUCUGCAAUCGACGCUAUCAACAAUUUCGACUUGCGACACAUAUCCGGACGAUUACGUUUGCAUCCCAGCGGAAAUGGAACAGGCGAAGUUCAGCAUGCCAUCUUCUGGCAUCAUGGGACCUAAAGCCCGCAGACUUAGUGGCAAGGAGGCUCCCGUUGAGUGA